CUCUACAAACAGUUCAAGUUCAAACCACUGAUUCAUCCUCCUGUGUGUGUGUCACAAGAGAGAAAAAUUCGCAGGACUAAACAUGGAAGUUGAAGGAGAGAAGAGAUAUGCACUGCUACUAGCAGCAAGGGACUCUGAUUAUGUGAAUAAUAUGUAUGGUGGGUAUUUCAACGUGUUUGUUGCAGCGUUCGGGGAAGAAGGAGAGAGAUGGGACUUGUUCAGGGUCGUUGAAGGGGAGUUUCCAGACAUGAAUGAACUCCAAAAUUAUGAUGGCUUUGUGAUUAGUGGUAGCCCUUAUGAUGCUUAUGGCGAUGAAUACUGGAUUCUCAAGCUUUGCUUUCUUCUCCAAACAUUAGAUGCCAUGGAAAAGAAAAUUCUUGGCAUUUGCUUUGGUCACCAGGUUUUGUGUAGAGCAUUGGGAGGAAAAGUUGGGAAAGCUUAUAGUGGUUGGGAUAUUGGGGUAAGAAAAGUGAAAAUUGUGAACGAUCUCCCUCGUUGUAGUUUCCUUGAUGGCUUGCAUGAAAACCCACCUGCCCUUUCAAUCAUUGAAUGCCACCAAGAUGAGGUAUGGGAGGUUCCCAUGGGAGCUGAAGUGAUUGCAUUCUCAGAGAAAACAGGUGUGGAAAUGUUCAUCAUUGGAGAUCACAUAUUAGGGAUUCAAGGUCAUCCAGAAUACACCAAAGACAUUCUUGAUAAUCUCAUUGACCGUCUUCUUAGCAAUGAGUCCAUAGAGAAAGGUUUUGCUGCAGAUGCCAAGUUAAAAUUGCAGAUAGCCGAACCAGACCGGAAGUGCUGGGAAAAGAUUUGCAAAAGUUUUCUCAAGGGGAGAUACAACUAGUUACCUACUUAAUCUUUGAUAAGCUGGGUCUUUCUUUUGGAUCUUAAAUCCCAUUAAUUUUUUUUUUUAGGAAUUGAUCACUCGUUGAUAAUUAGUGGGAACCAUUUAUAUAUAGUGGAUCCCACUUAAAUGCAUGUUGGAGAUGGUGUACCAUGAAAAAAAAUUCCGGAAAACGUAUUGUUGGGAUCCAAAUCCAUCAUUUUCCUGUCAUUUUGUAUCUUUGCAUAGAUGUUUGAAUUACCGACCUAAACAAGUUCAUGACACUGCAAA